CGUAAACGCGCCGGCUUUUUUGACAAUUCGUUAUGUAAGUAAACAAACAAAUUCCGGAAUAAAUUUUUAGAAAUAAAAGUCCCAAAAAAUGUCCUUCUCGGCGUUACUAACCCGUUUCGUCGUGGCUGGCCAAUCUCUGACUGGUGCCGGAGGUUUCCAGCAGGUGCGCCACAAAUGGGCUGAUUGGCGGAUGAUCAAGGAUCACAAACGGCGACAGUGUGUGGUGCAGCAUGCGGACGCCAGACUGAGGGUAAACGCACUACGCAAGAACACGGUACUGCCGGUGGAACUGCGCGAAGUUGCUAGCCGUGAGAUUGAAGCCUUUCCGCGUGACUCUUCGUUGGUGCGGGUUCGCGAGCGAUGCGCCGUGACCUCACGUCCGCGGGGUAUCGUCCAUCGGUGGCGAGUUAGUCGUAUCGUUUGGCGGCACCAGGCUGACUACAACAAGCUAUCCGGAGUACAGCGUGCCAUGUGGUAACCAUGUGGCAUUCUGGACCCUAGUUUAUCAGUAAAGUGACCCCCUCUUGUAUACCUCA